CGGAAAGAGAACCUUGCAACCUUUGAAGCUUUUCGCAAACCACCACCACCACCACCACCACCACCACCAAACUAGUCAUUGCCGUCACCCAUCCUCUCCUUUGCCAGUAUCUUCCCUUCGACCACAUUUCCAAUCGCAGCAGAUAACCAUCCACAAUGUCCGACGACUUUGGCAGUGGCAACAUCCACGACAAGGAGGUGUCGCGACUCUGGCGCGCAUGGAGGACCAUCCACGAGAUGGUCGCUGACCGGGGCUACGAAUUGGCCGAGGAAGAAAUCAAGAUGCCCCUCGAUGAGUUUAAGAGAAAGUUCACCAACGGCGACGGUUCCCCAAACCGCUCAAUAAUGUCCUUCUCCGCCCGUCCCUCCGCCAGCAUGAUCAAAAAGUUCACCCCUCCACCAACGGCCUCCAACCCUGACCCUGCCCCCGAAUGCGGCACCAUCUGGGUCGAGUUCUGCCCCGAGAAGACGUCCAUCGGCAUUUCAGUUAUGAAGAAGUUUGUCGAGCACUGCGCCAACAACUCAUACAAGGCCGGCAUUCUCGUCACCGCCGUCGCCCUCUCCGCGCAAGCCCGCAAGGUCAUGACCGUGACCAGCCAGUACACCCUGAUCGAGUGCUUCCUUGAGGAGGAUCUCCUCGUCAACAUCACCCACCACGAGCUGGUCCCAACCCACAUUCUUCUGAGCAGAGAGGAGAAGAUGGCCUUGCUCAAGAGAUACAGGCUGAAGGAGACGCAGCUCCCACGAAUCCUGCAAAAGGAUCCCAUCGCGAGAUAUCUGGGGCUGAAGAGGGGGCAGGUGGUCAAGAUUGUGAGAAUCAGCGAGACGGCCGGUCGCUAUGCUAGUUACAGACUCUGUGUUUAAAUAAGGACAGAAAAAGACGGGGGGAUUCGGCAAGCUUGGGAGAAGUUGCGGAGGAAACAGGAGAGCAGCAGCAGCAUGGUUUGCUAGCAUGCUUUUUUUUCCUGCACAAAGUUAUACACACCAAAAAGGGGCGUCUAUCUUCAUAUAUGGGGGUUGGCAUGAAACUGGGUGGUUUGCUUUCUGGCGUUAUACAGGGAAGAAUGGGAUUUGGUUUGCAGACAGUACAGCAUGUCGUUUUGUAGUCCAUAAUGGCCGACGGUCCAUCUCGCUCUUGUAGUUAGCGGAGAAAAUGAGACAUGGGUCAUAAUUUGUAGAUUGAGUAAAGCGGACGGGCGG